UGUCCGAGUUGUAGUUUCUUUUGGUGAGAGUUGCAUACUUGCAUUUGCUCUAUCCAAAACAACAACUAGGAAAACCAAAGUGUCACUGGCCUUACAAAUGUAUGGUCGCCGGACUACAAGACACCUGUAUUACUGGCAUGCUAGCUACGUGCAUGCCUUCUAGUCCCAACGAUGCCAUUUCUGCUGGAACCGAGUUCUGUUCAACAACUAAUUUGCCCAGUUUCUCUCUCUCUCUCUCUCUCUCUGAUCAGAGCAGACUGCUGAGCUUGUAAUCAUGGGCGCAUGCGCGACGUGCUGUGAAAUCCUCCUCGCCAUAUUGCUUCCACCACUCGGCGUCGUCAUCCGCUAUGGCUGUGGGGUGGAGUUUUGGAUCUGUUUGUUGCUGACGCUGUGCGGUUAUAUACCAGGAAUUAUAUAUGCAGUUUGUAUCUUGCUUCAGUAAUUAAUUAGUUUACAUUUCUUUUGGAUUGGAUUGGCUUAAGUUCAGUUGUAUGUAGUAAGAAUAUUGUUAAUUACAUCUUAUUUUGAUUCAAAAUUAAAGUGACAGACAUGUAGAUCUACCUCUU